AUGUCCCUCAUCACCCUCGACCCCCUCCCCUCAGAUGUUCGCAGCCUCAUCUUCGAAUGCCUCCAGAAGACCACCCACAAACCCACCCUCGCUUCCCUCGCGCGCGUCUCUCGGUCGAUAUACGCCCAGUCAAUUCCCCGCCUCUACAAGAGGGUCCGCCUCAAUGCGUUCAAUGUGGAGGCCUUCUUCGGAUGUCUCAUAUCAGACGGUCUGGGUGGUAUUGACAAAGAGAUCUCCGCCCAUGAGCUGCAUAUUGACAACUACUUCGGGCAGCUUGAGGCCAAUGAAAACUACAUUUUGGCCGUCUCUUACAUCCCGUCUCCCAUUGCGCGAAAAAUUUGCCAGAUCUGGCAAACUUCUCAUGUAUUACUCGAAGACGGGACUUCCGCAGCCUACCUGCAAGAGGCUCUGACUUCUUUCAAGUACCUCCGCCGCCAGCUCUGGAACCGAAUAGACGGACUCGAUGAUGACGAUCGAGAUUGGCGAAUGGACCGUUUCUGCCAUUCCUUGUUCUUUCCUGGUACUUUUGACGCAAUGAUUCUGGGCGAAUCACUUUGCAGAUGCUUCACUCUCUACCCAGAAGUCUGGAAGGGUGCCUACGAUAUGCUCACAAGGGACGACGACUUGGGAGUGUUCACGUCCCUUUGUCUCCAUCUGCCUUCCAGUUGUACAGGUAGCGCUGCGACCAGAUACUGUAGUCGCAUGGUAUCAAUGGACCUAGAAUCAAGUGAAAAAGAAAGUGAAAAUGGCGUAUGUGAACUGUGCAUUCACAACGCCAAUCCCCUAGACCAUAUGGUAGAUAUGGCAUCCGAGAACCUGCACAUCUUCCUGCGGCCCGAGUCCUCGCAGGGCAUGCUCUCACACGAGGCCAGUCUUGGAGCUUUCAUGUCAUGGCAUCUCGAUCUCGUGGAAUCACAAGGGAGGCGUCUCCCGAAUAUGUUCUUCUACAACAGCAUGUUCACAGACGUAGAUCGUGUCUGCCACAAGGGCGUCAAUGUCUGGGAGCGAUUGAAAACCAUGGGACCGCCAAAUGAUAGGCCUUUCACGGUGAAGAUGUUUGGGCCGGAUAAGAAGGAACUGUGCCCCGUCUGCAUGGUAGAGACUUGA